UCUCCAUUGGGCUGUUCUCAGUCACGUGACCUUCCUUUCUUGUGCCUGUAAAGCCGGAGAGGCCUCAACAAGUUCAGCUGAAGACUGAAGCAAGAGCUGGGUCAGGUGGCAGCCUCAGCAGCUGCGGGGACCUCAGCAGUGAUGGCCUCCUGCCCAGACUCGGACAAUAGCUGGGUGCUUGCCGGCUCAGAGAGCCUGCCUGUGGAGACCUUGGGCCCUGAAUCUGGGAGGGACCCAGAAUCCGAGAGAGCUCCUCAGGCCCCUCGGAGCCCCUCCAAGGCAGCUGCUGAGGAAUUGGCUGGGACCUUGGAUGGAGGAGAGACAGUAUCCCAGAGCGAGAGCUCCCAAUCUGGGCCCAUCCUGUCAGAGGAGGCUGAGGCCAAGCAGGGUGUCCUGAAAGGUGAUGACCCUGGAGUGGAGCCCCCCGGCCCAGGAGACACAGAGGCCCAGGGAGACUUGGAGGAGACCCCUGAGGUGGUAGGCCUGGAACCGGACUCACAGGACCUGGGGGAUCAGAGCCCCUCCCGCAGCCUGCCUUCAUCCCCCAAAACAGCUUGGAUCAGGGAGGAGGCCCACCACUCCAGCAGCGAGGACGACACCGAUGUGGAUGUGGCGGGUCUGCGGAGACGGCGGGGCCGGGAGCCCGGCACUCCUCAGCCCGCAGCCACCCUGGGUGUGGAGGACCAGGUCCAGGGCGAGGGUGCAGGCGGGGUGCUGGGCAUCUCCCUCAACAUGUGUCUCCUCGGGUCCCUCGUCCUGCUGGGCCUGGGGAUCCUCCUCUUCGGUGGUCUCUCAGAGUCUGAGAGUGGGCCCCUGGAGGAAGUGGACCUGCAGGUCUUGCCAGAUAUGGAGUCUGAUACUGAGAUGCUGGAGGCUGUGGGGGAUGGGCAGGAUGGACUACAGCAGCUACAGACCUCAGAGCUCCUGGACAGUGUCCCCAGCCUGCAGAACAUGGCCCUUCUGCUGGAUAAGCUGGCCAAGGAGAACCAGGACAUCCGACUACUGCAGGCCCAGCUGCAGGCCCAGAAGGAAGAGCUUCAGAGCCUGAUGCAUCAGCCCAAAGGGCUAGAAGAGGAGAAUGCCCGGCUCCGAGGGGCCCUCCAGCAGGGCGAAGCCUCCCAGCGGGCCCUGGAGUCAGAGCUGCAGCAGCUGCGGGCCCAGCUUCAGGGACUGGAGGCUGACUGCGUCCAGGGUGCAGAUGGGCAGUGUCUCCAGUGGGGCAGAGGCCCACAAGCUGGCAAGGUCACCAAGGAGCAAGGCCCUACAGGGCAGGAGCCAAGCCCUGGUUUCCUGGAGCAAAAGAAACAGCUAGAGGCUGAGGCCCAGGCAUUAAGGCAAGAGUUGGAGCAGCAGCGGCGGCUGCUGGGGUCUGUGCAGCAGGACCUGGAACGGAGCUUGAGGGAGGCAGGCCGAGGGGAUCCAGCCCGGGCUGGCCUGGCUGAGUUGGGUCACAGGCUGGCCCAAAAGCUGCAGGGCCUGGAGGACCAGCGCCCUGGGGUUCCUGCCAAUGUCUCAGAGGCCUGGCAUCAGAAGCCUCACUUCCAGAAUUCCAGGGAGCGGAGUGGGAAGGAAAAGUGGUGGGAUAGGCAAGGGGACUGGAAGGCCGAGGCCUGGAAACAUAAGAUGGAGGCAUCUGGCCGGGAGAAGAGCUGGCGGGGUAAGGAGGACAGGGAGCUGGCGGGGAGGCGGAAGGAGGGCAAGCCAAGGGUGGAGGAGUGGGCCGGCAAGAAGGAUGGCAAGCGGCAGCACGCCAAGGAGCCCCCCAGGAAAAGUGGGCGCCCCCACCCCUCCGGAGAAAGGCAGAAACACCCUCGGUGGAAGGAAGGGGCUAAAGACGGGCAUGACCCCCUGCCACUCUGGGCAGAGCUGUCUAGGCACGAGUACCAGGCACCGCAGGGCUGCUCAGGUGUGCAUGAGUGUGCCCGGCAGGAGGGCCUGGCCUUCUUUGGCAUAGAGCUAGCCCCCGUGCGGCAACAGGAGCUGGCCUCUCUGCUGAGGACGUACCUGGCGCGACUGCCCUGGGCCAGGCCGCUGACCGAGGAGCUGCCCCUCUCUCCCACUUACUUCGGUGAGGAUGGUAUCUUCCGCCACGACCGCCUCCGCUUCCGCGACUUUGUAGACGCCUUGGAGGACCGGCUGGAGGAGGUGGCAGUGAGAGAAACAGGUGAUGACGACGCAGUGGACGACUUUGAGGAUUUCAUCUUCAGCCACUUCUUUGGAGACAAAGCACUGAAGAAGAGGUCUGGGAAGAAGGACAAACAUUUGCAGAACUCCAGAGUUGUGGGGCCCAGGGAGGAGCACAGCCCCCACCGCCGGGGCUGAGGCCCCGCGUUAUCUGUCCCCUGGGAACCGUUAAGCUGCCACCUCCCUCGGCUUGGUUGGUGUCAUUGGGUGUCCUUCACAGAGCAGCGUGGAGAUCACCCAGCCCAAAAGGCCUUAGCUGGAGCUGCUGUGCUGUCUAUGCAAAUGAAUGCAAAUUCUUAGGGCCGUGACCCUUGCAGCAGAUUGUGAAGGGGGGGAUGGGAGAGAAGUCUGUGGGGGUAAGAGGUAUGGGGCGAUUCAGAUUCUAAAGCCAGAGUGCUUGUGUGUGUGGUGUGUGUGUGUGUGUCUGUGUUUGUAGGGUGGGAUAUGAGGUAUGGGGGCAAUUCAGAUUCUAAAGCCAGAGAAUUUGUGUGUGUGUGUGUGUGUGUGUGUGUGUGUGUGUGUGUGUGUCUGUCUGUCUGUCUGUCUGUAGGGGGGCCAAGAGUGGGCCCCUUGGCUGCACACACUGACCCAUGCACCCUGGGAUUCGAUUCACCCCGGUGGCUCCCGGCUGGCUGGAGGCCCAGCAUGAAGGCUUUCCCUGGGGUUUUGUUAGAUUUGGAAGGAGCUAUCCCUAGGGAAUCGAAGUCCCCCUUUUAGCCCAGCUCCUCACAUGGCCUCACCUCUGCUUGUGAACUGUAGACUCAGAUUCCAAUAAAAUUCUGUAGGAGCUGUGACAUUGGGUGGGGGCUCUGUCGCUUAGGGCUGUUUCUAAGCUCAGGGGAAGCCCACACCCACCACCUCAUACUGGUACUCACCUUCUCCUCUCCCCGUCACCUCACCCUCCCUGCAAACCUCAGGCCCUCCGGGCUGGAACUCCCCAUUUUGCUCACAGCUGUCUUGGCUGCAUCCCUGGGAGAUGUAGAAAUAUGCAAGUGGGUUUUGGGCUCAAAUCCUGGUUGAGUGAUUUUGAGCAAAUUAAUCCCUGGGAACCUUGGGAUUCAAAUCCCCAAAAAGGGAAAUUGAAGGGCUGGGGACUCUUCCAGCAGGAUUGUAAAUAAAUCAAUGUAAACAAAAUAUGUGUCCAAUA